AUGUUGAAGUUGGGUCCAAAAAAUAAAUCUGAGCUAGGAACCGCGUGGGAUGAAUAUGGGAAUAGUAAUGUCGUCCAAAUCUUAAUUUCACAUCAAGGAAACACCAUCAAAUCCCUUCAAUUUGUGUAUGCUGCUGAUAACGGAUGCCUGCGAUAUUCACAAACUUACGGACAACCUGAUGGCUUGAAUUUUAAUAUCGUCACAUUUAAACAUCCAUCUGAAUAUUUAACUUCGGUAAGUGGUACAUACACUUUGCAAAGAAAAACGGAAAACAAUAAAAUCAAGACGACAGCGGGGUUGACUUCACUUACGUUUGGUACAAAUAAAGCCAAGUAUGGACCCUUUGGUGGUGGUGGUGGUACCACAUCUACUACUACUUGCAAUUGUACAUUCAACUAUGAUUUUGGACAUAGAUCUUGUUUCUUAGGAUUUCACGGAGCCCUAAACAAACAAUCACAAGUGUCUGCAAUCGGAGUUUAUGUCAAACCGACCGGAUCACUUGAUGAACUAAAGGAUGACGAAGCUGUACGAGUGUCUUCAACCAAAAAAAAAGUCCCAAAUUACUUUAUAUGAUUGAUGGCAGGGGAUGUUGCCAUGCAUAUAUAGAUUUCAUUCUUAU